ACCCACUCAAAACACACACAACACACACACUCACUCUCAAGAGUGCUCUCUACGAGAGUAUCUCUAUCUCUAUCUCUAUCUAUCUCUAACCCCAAUCUCACACAUUCUCAUUCUCCUCCCUUCACUAUGUGUAAUCCCACCGCCACUACCCCACCUGAUCACCACCCUCCACCACCACCCCCACCACCCCAUUUCUACCUCAAUCUCCACUCACUCCCCCUCUCCAAAUCCCAUUUUCAAACCACCACUAAAUCACCCAACAACAACACCAACAACAUUAAUAAUACUAAUACUAAAACUAAGAGUAUCCUUUUUCCUACACCCUCGGAUGUUGCAUAUGAAACCAAAGCUUUAUUCAAGUUGUCCUCUCCUAUAGCAAUAACGGCUUUGAUCUUUUACACACGGUCCAUAAUAUCUAUGCUUUUUUUGGGCCGGCUAGGCGAGACUGAGCUCGCAGCCGGCUCGUUGGCUAUCGCGUUUGCGAACAUUACCGGAUAUUCUGUUUUAUCCGGUUUGGCUCUCGGGAUGGAGCCGCUUUGUUCGCAAGCGUUCGGUGCCCGAAGGAUGAAGGUGUUAUCCGUUACGCUACACCGAACGGUUAUUUUUCUGCUUGUAGUGUGUUUACCCAUUGGAGUGUUGUGGCUAAACACGACACGGAUUUUGAUAUAUUUACAUCAGGACCAGACCAUUGCACGUGUGGCUCGCACGUAUUUGGUUUUUACUUUACCUGAUUUAUUAUCCAACUCGUUUAUUCACCCGACCCGCAUUUACCUUCGUGCGCAAGGCAUCACGUUCCCGCUAACCUUAGCUUCCUUCAUCGGCACGUUACUACAGUUACCGUUGAACUAUGUUCUCGUGUUCCGGUUUCGGUUUGGCGUUGCGGGUGUCGCUGCGUCGUCGUCGGUUUCGAACUUUGUUGUUUUAGUCGCGCUUGUGGUUUACGUGUGGUGGACCGGGUUGCAUUUGCCCACGUGGACGAACCCGACCCGGGAUUGUUUGACUGGGUGGGGGCCGUUGGUCCGGUUGGCAGCACCGAGCUGUGUCUCGGUCUGCCUCGAGUGGUGGUGGUACGAGAUCAUGAUUGUGUUAUGUGGGCUACUUCCGGACCCCAACGCGACAAUCGCGUCGAUGGGCAUUUUAAUCCAAACGACCGCUUUGUUAUACGUGUUUCCGUCUUCGCUUAGUUUCGCGGUUUCGACCCGAGUUGGAAAUGAGCUCGGUGCAAACCGGCCCGAUAAGGCCCGAGUGUCCGCGAUGGUGUCGGUUUUUUUCGCGGGGUUGAUGGGUUUAUCAGCCAUGUUGUUUGCGACAUCGAUGAGAGAGAACUGGGGUUUGAUGUUCACGAGUGAUUCCGAUAUUUUACGGUUGACGUCAGCGGCCCUACCAAUUAUCGGGCUAUGUGAGCUGGGGAACUGUCCCCAGACAGUUGGCUGCGGGGUUGUGCGAGGCACUGCUCGACCAACUACUGCAGCCAACGUGAAUCUUGGAGCAUUUUAUCUAGUGGGAAUGCCUAUUGCGGUAGGGCUUGGGUUCGGGCUUGGGGUCGGGUUUAUCGGGCUUUGGCUCGGGUUACUUUCGGCCCAGGUUUGUUGUGCUGGGCUGAUGUUAUAUGUGGUGGGGACCACAGAUUGGGAGCAUCAAGCAAAGAAAGCAGAGAUGUUAACAUGCAACGGAGGUGCAGGUGGAGAUACACCUUUAACAUCUUUAGAUCGUGACAUUGAAAACCAACCGUUGAUUUGCAUAAUGAUGACGUCACCGUGAUAACAUUUUGAAGAAGUAAAAGUAAUCAAAGUUGACAAAAAAAAUUUAUAGAGAACCUUAUUUUGAGAUUUAUGAAUAUAUAAAUAUUUUUUUUUUAAAUUUUGGAAGGGGGGUUUCGGUUUCAUUGAGUUUGAUUGGGCAUUGUUACUAUUUUUUGGGUGGAAAAUACAUAAUCAAAUAAUCUAAUUAUGUUAAAAAGCAAGUACAAAUGAGAAUUUUUGUUAGUUAUUUUGAUUUAUAUUUUACCUUUGGUUUUCAACACCCCUUCUUACAAGUCUUCUAAUAAUGAACCCGAAUGGUAUCCGGGAAAGAGCUGCUUUCAUGGCUAACAUCCUUGGGGUAGAGACCGCUAGCUAGCUAGCUAGCUAGCUAGAGGAAGUUGAUCGUUAAAUGUGGAUCAUUCAAGACACAUUAGCAUGAAGUACUCCUGCUGUUCGAACUAAAUUUUAUCUUUCAUGCUCAUUAUGUCGUGUUUUUCUUCUUCAAAUUUCGGAGUACCUAUGGGUCUUUGUACCGUUUUUUAUAUAAUUAGUUGUAAUAUCACAUCUUAUUAUCGAAAAGAUCAAGACGGGUCAUUUUCUCAAAGAUAAAGAUGAAUAUUGAGCCCAUUUGGUUCU